UAUUUCUAUAUAGUCAAAGAUUCUAAUUGUUUACUCAUCGUAUAAAUUAGUGUUUCAAAACCAUGGAUUCUGCAAAUGUCGGCUAUUCGUACCAUUUGCCAGCUGGCGGGUGGAAUUAUAAAAUACGGAAUACUUUAUCUCAGUUCAGCGAUUUAUUUAGUGAAUUCAAUAAGUAUAUUGCUCCAGCGUACCACCAUGAUCGGUGCGAGAGGUCCGUUCAGAUGAGGAUUUACUCAAUGCACAAAGGAGAGUUCGUGAUGGUCUUCAUAGCUUUUUUCGCUUGCUUUGGUCUUGGCGUUUUUAUAGGAUUAGCUGGUCCCUCACCGACAUCCACCACAGCAGUUACCGCUUCAAGUAUUCUAACCAACUCAAGCAACAUCUACAGCGGACCCUUUCACCUCCACAGCCCAUCCUUGGGCACUAAAGUUCAACAGCUGUGGCUAUUAGCGGAGAUUAACACUAAUAACAAUGACGAAGAAAUUUUCGACAAGAGUUUCCAAAUAAGUAUAUCUAUAGAUGGAGUGUUGAGUGAUCACACGACCUUCAACUUGCUACCAGAGAGCGAACUAACUAACAGAACACAACACCUCAAGUGCAAGCAGCAGGUAUGUGAAGAAGUGCUAGUCCUGCACCUGGGUUCCCUCGAGUACACACACUACAUACUGCACGUGCAUUUCUACGGCCUCCAGGAGUUCCAUAAGCGGUACUUCAUCAAGGAGAUAUUUUUCUACUUUAAAACCUACAACCCGGCCUUCACGCAGAUGGAAACAUGGUUCCGCUUCAUAUUCCUGCUCACAACGUUCACUGUCGCAUGUUGGUUCGCGCACUCACUUAGAAAGUACUCUACACACGACUGGGCGAUCGAGCAGAAAUGGUUGUCGCUGCUAUUGCCACUGCUGUUAUUGUACAAUGACCCGAUCUUCCCUCUUCGUCUGGUCUCCGGCAGCUGUUUUGCGCCGCUGCUGGACUCCAUCUUCCAGACAACCUUCCUUGCCUGUGUCAUGCUAUCCUGGCUUGCUCUCUACCAUGGACUUAGACAGAACGAGCGAGGUUUCCUGUCAUUCUACCUACUAAAACUUCUGGUAGUGGGCGCGGCCUGGACGCCGGGCGUGGUGCUGGCGGUGUGGCAGAAGUACCGCGGCUACCAGGACCCCACCUACAACUACACACAGAAUCCUAAUUACGAGAUGGUGAAGAUAAUGUUCUUCACGGCGAUCGUCGUCUACUUCCUGUACCUGCUCAUCCUGAUCGUCAAGGCCUACAGCGACCUCAGGAAUAUGCCAUUCUUCGACGUGCGACUCCGCUGCCUGUCCAUAGUGGUGGGCACGGUGUGCAGCACCACGGCGCUGCUGGGCGCGCAGGCGUGGGGCCCGGCGGCGCUGCAGGACCACUGGGCGGCGCAGCCGCGCGUGCACUACGACACGUCGGCGCCCUUCAUGGCGCUCUACGGCCUCUUCAACUUCAACUUGUACAUACUGGCGUAUCUGUUCUCUCCGGGCGGCGGCUCCAUACAUGAAACUGCCAUCACCAAAGACAACCCAGCGUUCUCUAUGAUCAACGAUUCCGAUGAAGAAGUCAUAUAUGGCUCCGACGAAGAGAGUCGACGACCCCUAAACUCCCACCACCGGAUGAACGAAGACAUAUGAGUCAAUCCAUAGACAAAGUGAAUGUAUUUUUUUCUUGUUAUAAAGUUAUAUUGAGGACUAA